AUGGACAUAGGAAAAGACAGAAUUAUUAUGGAACGCAAAAAUUGGAGGAAGAAUCAUCCUCAUGGCUUUGCUGCCAAGCCUGAUAAAGAUUCCAGUGGUGAUCUAGACCUUUACAGGUGGAGGUGUAUCAUCCCAGGCCCUAAAAAUACGAUUUGGGAAGAAGCCUUUCUUCCCUUAUAUAUGGAAUUUCCUGACGAGUAUCCAAACAAGCCUCCAAAAUGCCAGUUCAAGCCUGAUUUUCCUCACCCAAAUGUUUAUCCAUCAGGGACGGUCUGUCUCAGUAUCCUCAGUGAGGAUGAUGAUUGGAGUCCCUCUAUCAGUAUCUCCACUAUUCUGACCGGGAUCCAGGAUCUUUUAGGAAAGCCUAACCUUGAAUCUCCUGCUCAGCUUCCAGCUUUUGAGGCUUACAAGUCAAAUCCUAAAAAGUACAAUGACACUGUCAGAGAAUAUAUCUCGAAGAAUUCAGAGAAGGAUAAGUUCUACUAG